UGGGGAGGAAAGACUGCUGGAAGCAGGUUUGCAGGAGGAGCGCUGAAUCUGAAGGCAGAAGAGAGAGAAGAGACGGAGCUCCUGUAACUGAACGGUAGCAUCUGCAGCACAGAUUCAACCAUGCUGUGGUUUCAAGUGCUGGUGAGUGCAAUCUACAUGGGAGGACACGCUGCAGCAGGACAGAGAGAUGGAGAAAUUAUCAGUCAGAUCAAAAUGACGAACCUCGCGCUGGCUGAGAUUAAAGAGCUUCUGAAACAACAGAUAAAAGAGAUAGUAUUCUUGAAGAACACAGUGAUGGAGUGUGAAGCUUGUGGGAUGGGAGGAAUGCAGCCUCGUCCUUCCUGUGUGCCCAACCCCUGCUACCCAGGAGUGAAAUGUAUGGAGACACCUCAGGGUAUAAAGUGUGGACGCUGCCCUGAAGGAAUGGAGGGCAACGGCACCCACUGCACUGAUGUAGACGAGUGUACUGUCAUGCCGUGUCACAUGGGUGUGCGCUGCAUAAACACAUCCCCAGGUUUUCGUUGUGGGUCUUGUCCUGCUGGAUACACCGGCCCCCAGGUCCAGGGUGUCGGACUCGCCUAUGCCACUGCCAACAAACAGGUGUGCAGAGAUAUCAAUGAGUGUGAAGGCCCUAACAGUGGAGGCUGUGUGGAAAACUCUGUCUGUAUGAACACACCUGGCUCAUUCAGGUGUGGUCCCUGUAAGCCGGGCUACAUUGGGGAUCAGCGACGUGGCUGUAAGCCGGAGAGAGCCUGUGGGAAUGGCCAGCCCAACCCAUGCCACGCCAGUGCUGAGUGCAUUGUCCAUCGUGAGGGUACAAUCGAGUGUCAGUGUGGAGUCGGCUGGGCUGGCAACGGCUACCUCUGUGGGUCCGACAUCGACAUUGAUGGUUUCCCUGAUGAGAAACUGGACUGUCCCGAGAGGAACUGCAAUAAGGAUAAUUGUCUCACUGUGCCCAACUCUGGUCAAGAAGAUGCUGACCGUGAUGGAGCUGGAGAUGCCUGUGACGAGGAUGCAGAUGGGGAUGGGAUCCUAAACACACAGGAUAACUGUGUGUUGGUGCCUAACGUGGACCAGAGGAACAUUGAUGAGGACGACUUUGGCGAUGCCUGUGACAACUGCCGUGCCAUCAAAAACAAUGACCAAAAAGACACAGAUGUGGACAAAUUUGGCGAUGAGUGUGAUGAAGACAUUGAUGGGGAUGGAAUCCUUAAUCACCUGGAUAACUGUGCAAGGGUUCCCAACGCUGACCAGAAAGAUCGUGACGGAGACAAAGUCGGAGACGCCUGCGACAGCUGUCCUUAUGUUCCGAACCCUGACCAGAUGGAUGUGGACAACGACUUGAUUGGUGACCCCUGUGACACCAACAAGGACAGUGACGGAGAUGGUCACCAAGACUCCCGGGACAACUGUCCAGCUGUUAUCAACAGCUCCCAGCUGGACACCGACAAGGACGGCAAGGGAGACGAGUGCGAUGACGACGACGAUAAUGACGGCAUCCCAGACCUGCUGCCACCUGGUCCUGAUAACUGCCGUCUGAUCCCCAACCCUCUGCAGGAGGACUCUAAUGGUGAUGGUGUGGGUAAUGUAUGCGAGAAGGAUUUUGACAACGACACUAUCAUCGACACCAUUGACGUUUGUCCAGAAAAUGCUGAGGUCACCCUCACCGACUUCAGGGAGUACCAGACCGUCGUUUUAGAUCCAGAGGGAGAUGCACAGAUCGACCCCAACUGGGUGGUUCUGAACCAGGGAAGAGAGAUUGUCCAGACGAUGAACAGUGAUCCUGGCUUGGCUGUUGGUUACACUGCCUUCAGCGGUGUCGAUUUCGAAGGGACAUUUCAUGUAAACACGGUAACGGACGACGACUACGCAGGAUUUAUCUUCGGGUACCAGGACAGCUCCAGUUUCUACGUGGUGAUGUGGAAGCAAGUGGAACAGAUCUACUGGCAGGCAAACCCGUUCAGAGCUGUGGCAGAACCAGGCAUCCAACUGAAGGCUGUCAAGUCAAACACGGGUCCGGGUGAAAACUUGAGGAACGCCUUGUGGCACACCGGCGACACGAGUGAUCAGGUCAAGCUCCUGUGGAAGGAUGCUCGCAAUGUUGGCUGGAAGGACAAGACUUCUUACCGCUGGUUCCUCCAACACCGGCCUGCUGACGGCUACAUCAGAGUUCGUUUCUAUGAGGGUCCUCAGAUGGUGGCAGACACAGGCGUCAUCAUCGAUGCCACAAUGAGGGGAGGUCGACUAGGAGUCUUCUGCUUCUCCCAGGAGAACAUCAUCUGGGCCAACCUGCGUUAUCGCUGCAACGACACGCUUCCUGAGGACUUUGACACCUACAGAGCCCAGCAGGUCCAGCUGGCAGUCUGAUGACAACAAAUGAACCCAGGGAAUUCUGGGAACACUUUUCAACGCACAACUCGGAUCAGAAAUAACAUAAUACAAACAAAUCUAUCACACGUGUUUCAAAUCUGCCGAGUUUGAACAUAAAAACUGAUCGACUACACUUUAAACUGACAGAAGAGCAGCAGCAAAAAUCUUAUAUAAUAACAAUAUUAAUAAAAAUAACAUGAUUUCUUUGGAUUGUUUGGCUGUUAUCAAACAGAAAUCUGUCAUAAAUAAUUUUGCUAUAUUGUUCACUGUAUAUUUACAUUUAAAUGUAUAGUUAGAGCUAUUGCAAAGAUUUCACUGUCACGAAUGAAUAAAUGUGGAUUUUGAAAAAGUGUUUUUAUAAAUUAAAUGCAUUAAUGGUGAAAUCAUAGAAUAGCUACACUGCAAAAAAAAAAAAAAAAAAAAAGGUCAAACAUUUGAUUUUAAGUAACAGACGUUGACUUUUUUUUAAACUCAACAGCUUUUAGUGGAAAUCAACAUUCUGAACAUUUCACAAGCAUGCACAUAUCCAAAAUAAUCUUUUAAAUUUUGCAUUUGGAAAUACAGGUUACAAAAUAGAAACGAUAGCAAAGACAAUAUACAACAGGAUUGAAACACCAUGCAUGUCCACAGCAACACGCUGUGAUGUUGCAAAAUGACAUCAGACAGUUUUUUUUUUUGUUGUUGUUUUUCAAAAAUCAAGACUAUGUGCAGAGAAAAAUCUUCGUCUUCCACAUUCAAUUUAAUUGACAUUUUUCUUUCAUCUUAUAAACAAAUGGUCACAUAAGGAGAAUCACAUGGCAACAAAUAAAUAGCUACAGAUUUUUUUUUUUACUACGACUUACAGGACAACAGUGAUAUAAUGCUAUUCUCACUAUAAGCUUUAAGUGGAACUUAAACUGUUUUUUCCAGAGAACUGUAGAGUCAUUUAGAAACCCCCGUGUUAUUAAAGGGAGAUUUUAUUCAGACCUAAAAAGACUCUGGGAAUAAGCAGUAAAGACCGAGCAGCAACUCUUUCCUUUCAUACUGGGACACCUUUAAACACAGGACUCUAGUUUCCUGUUUGAGCUUCACUCGUCUGCUAAUUCAGUUUGAGACAAGAUUUAGCUUCAUUGCUUUUUAAACACAAAUGUACCAACAAGUAAUGUGAGUAAAGUGGUGUCUCAGACCAAAACCAGCAGAUGAGUCAAAGCUACAUAGUUUACAAGACGUAGUAAUAUAGUACUAUACGUUAGUGAGUGAUUUGUUCAUCUUGUCUGUUUGGAGUUUUGCUUUUUGUAUUUCAGUGUUUAGCCUCAGACUCGGCAAACUCUUGAAAUUAGUGUCUCAAAAUGCAAAUUCAUGCUCGGCACGUGAGAAGUAAAUGUUUUUCCACCAAGAGAGGAUUGAGUAAAAAUGUGUAACCUCAACUGUGUCAAAUAAAGUUGAUUUUUUUUCUUACCCUAAUGAUCAGAUUUUUGUUUAUUCCCUCACUUCAAUCAACGGUGGACUAGCUGCUGAACUUGAGCUCAAAUCUUUACCAGCGUUGGCUUUGUUUGCAAAUCUGUGACAACUCAAGCCGUUGAAUACCUUUGUCACAUACGCUGUUACGCUAUUGAUUUCUAACUUAGUGUGAACUGCUCUUUUCCAGUACAACAUGCAGCAUUUCGACUGCAGGAAGAUGUUUCCAGCAGUAGGAAAGAGAAAUGUUUACAUUUUUUUACCUGCAUUUUAGAGUUCCAGCUAACUUCAUGAAGUGCGACUGUGUUGCAGCACUGUACAGUACUCUGGUGGUGGCAGUACAUGUAGUCAAAGUCAAGAUGCAGACUGCUUCACUUGAGUAUUAUUGAGGUUGCAACUAACUACUAAGGCUAAUCUAAUGUCACUGUAAGAACCGUGACUCGCUCAAACUGCGAGUGCGAUUUUGGGAGUUGGGGAGUAAAAUGACCAACAAAGAGAUACAUUCUGAGUGCCGUUCCUUUUCAACACGAGAGCACAAGCUGCACUGGAGUAAGCCCUUUCUAGUUUUGCAUCCCCUAAAAUCUUCACUGAUAAAAAACAAGACAAGCCAAAAUAUAGUUUACAAAGGAAAAUAGAGGAUUCAUCUUUUCUUUGACAUGAAAAUAUCUCCGGAGUUUACAUCUGGAGUGAAACAGUCAGCAUUCACAUCGGGCAGAACAGUCCCUGUUUAAAAAGCCAGGAAGUCACAAAUAAAGUGCGAAGCAACUAGUGGACUAAACAUUGCACAAAAAAACAAAACAAAUCAAACAAAAAACAGAAUUACACUUUACCCAGUCCAAAACCUGACAUGAUAGGCAACUACAACGGAAAACAAUCACAUCUGAUGUCAUAUCUAGAUCAAACUCCUGUACAUAACAUGGGAUAGAAAUCAGCUCAAUGUGUCUAUCAUGUCAUGCAGUUGACUGCGUAAUGCAGAAGCCUCAGAAGAUUCAAGUCCACAUAUGCAAACGCUCAGUGCCAAUCUGCAACUUUUGCAAGACAGAACCUGCUUCCAUUUUCUCAAGAAAGCCAAAACGUUGUGCUGAUGGGAGACGAGGGGCCGGAUUGACUGUGGGUUUCUAUACGUAUGAGAAUCAACUGCUCGCACCCGUACCCGGUGAGAUGCUACAGUAGGGAGAGAGAGAGAGAGAGAAAGGGAGAGAGCGGAACAAGCAACAGUCCGAUUCCUCAGAGGAGAAAAGGGUGACGACUGUAGAGCAGAUAGAAAAAGAGAGAGAGAGAGAGAGCAAGAGGAGUCUGGUCCGACUGUGAUGGGACCAAAAACUCCAAUCGUGGGGUCAUUUGGCAAAAAACUAGGACGCUGCCACAGAAAAUACAUUCCCUUAUCAUUCGUGAAGUAGCAUUAUACAGAGAUGGAGGUAACAGAGUCACUUAACAGGAAACUGAGUUAACUGUUGCACAGGAGAAACCCAUACAUGCAUCCCUUUAGACUUUAUGAUAGCGUUAUGUUACACAAAUCAAACCUGCAGAGCUAUAGAAGGCCUUCAUUUAGAGGUUUUGACCGUCAGUUUAGUCAUGCAUUUUGUUUCAGCUAUAGCGUAUUAUGUACAAGGUCAGUGUGAAGGACUAGUAUUCAGCAGGAUGACAGAAAGGAAGUGACAGGAAAGCUCAAAAUCACUGGAUUAACAACAGUGAUGUUUGGCUCAAACAUAAUGCUUAUUUUUAAGGAAUAAAUAUACAUUUGUUUCAGUGACUUAAAGGAAAAAUCCAGCUGUCUAGCUGUUCUAGGACCUUUUGUUUAUUUUUCACCCUCCUGUAGUAGAUUACUGGCCUAGUGACAAUCCAGAUAUUUCAAGCAACUACAGUAACAUGUUUCAUUGAUCUAAGACGUCAACAUUAAGUCAGGUUUGGCGUUAGAGAAGUUAGAGAAAGGCUUUCAGUCAUACAGUUAGAGAUGUGAGAGGAAUUGUGGGAAAACUUGGGAAAGUUACAAGGACAGGUUCACAAAGGAAAAAGUUUCAAAGUAAAUCUGGAUUCAUGCUUCUCGGUUGAGAUGUUCUGCUGAUGUAGAAAUAGUUCAGCGUACGAUUUCACUCGUUGAUUGUCAUAGCACCACUUCAACACUCGAUGGAUGUCCUGCACCCAUUAUAUACUCAAACUAGCAGUUUUCCUUUCGUUGUCUACUACAGAGUGACAACGUGAAGCUUCUUUAAUCACAAAUUUGUCUGUUUUUUGGGACUUUUGGGGGCUCUGUGUUACACAGCUAUGAUGACUGUAAAUGUUAGAUUGCAAUAUAAAUUUGUCUAGAGCUUUUCUUUAAAUUGCUCAAAGCUGUCUUCACUAUCAACCGUCUCUACCAGCAUUAGUAACAUAUAGUAGCUCUGGUGUGUCGUUUUUUUGUUUUUAUUUGGCCUCCAUCAGAACAACUUUUUCAGAAGAAUAAAUCCAGCUUGACUCCUGUUAAGCAAUAAAAAUGUCAGAGGUGGAUUUUUCCUUUAAGGGUCAUUUUGUGUCUCAUUUGCAUAGGAAUCACAGAUCUGUUGAAGACAAACAAAAACCUUUGAUGGAGGAUUACAGCAGACAAACACUUCAACUGAAACAACAACUGUAGAGGUGUGCAGUAAACCAAACGUGAUUCCUUUUCUGGAGCGGGUGGUGGGUUGGAAAAUCUUCCCAACAGCGCUUUAGGUGAAUAAAUGAUUAGCACGUCUGUACAUGAACAUUACAAUAUAUCAAACAUGAUCCCACAGACCUACACACACAUCUCUCAGGGAAACUCUGACAAAAGGCCAACGCAGAUUGAAAAUCUCUAAAAUUUGACAAUUUGUUCUGCCCGUUUUGACUGAAGAGAUUGUGUCGUGGGUGUAGUUGGAGAUGAUAUCAAUAUAUACAUUAUUAGAUGAAACUUGUGUAAACAUUUUUCAGUUUGAAGAGGUGGCGUAAACUACUUUAGACUCCACUACAUCCCUGAUUGUUUCUGUGAUCAUUUUUGUUGUUUGUAAUACUGAAUGGAACAUGGCCGAUCUCACAUGGUGCUGUUGGAACAUUGCAUACAAUAUUAAAUAUAUAUAAAUACACUCUUGUUCUUUCUUAAACCUUUAUGCACUUCAUACAGUUUACUAAACGGAGUAAACAGACCUUCUAUGAUAAAAAUAUCCAUAUAUUCAUAAACUACAGGCUUCGAUACUGUCAAAUAUCCAACAAUGGACCAUUAAAAUCUCCAUACUUUGCAUGAUACUUCUUCAUUAGCAUUUUUGUUAGAGCUUCCCUGGCAAGGAGCAAAAAGCCUCCCCAUAAUUGCACUCCUUCUCAAAGACCUCAAACUCAUCCUUGUGAUUUUUUUUUUUUUUUUUUUGUCGUUUCGUUUUUAGCCCCACUUUAAAAAACAUCAACAAUUUGGCUAUAAACUGUACCGAUACAAAAUACAGUACAUUGAUUUGUCAAACCUUACACAACAUAACCACAAAUAUCACUGACCAAAAGUUAAGUUCUCUCAAAUACAAGAAAAUGUUACAAUAAGUUACGAAAAUACGUUGUCACAUUAGACACUUAAGUAGAACAGUAGAAUACUCAUGUAAGGCAAAAUCAGGUGAUUUCACAGUGACGACUUAAAAAGACUUUUAAGAUUUUAGUGUUUAAAAACAGACAGCUUCCUUCACUGAGAAGAAGUUCAGUCUGGAUAUAUAUAUAU